AUGGGGAGGGGUAUACCAAGUUGGUUGUUGGAGCAUGCCGAGUUGGCGGAGGAGGAUCAGGUGUUGUUGUGGGAGACGAUGGAUAUGCUUUAUGAGAUGUCCAAGUUUAAGUGGGAGAAUUGGUACAAUGAGACCAAGUAUCAGAAGGUUAUUGCGGACCCGACGACGAACAACCCCUUGUUUCCUUAUCUUCACGGGGUCAACGUCGGGCAGGUCAUUCGACGGUUCACUCACAGCGAGUCACUCCUUAACACAACCUUCAACGCUGUGGACUGGACCUUCAAGUACAAGGGCGCCGCUUCUGGUACCAUCCUCGCCGAUGAGAUCCAGCGGGACCUCGCCCCUUUCAUGGGCUCCGAGCUGUGCACUGCCGUCGAAACAGGCUACUCGCUCGCCUACCUGUACCACGCCCUGGGUACCAACUCCUUUGCUGACCGCGCUGAGCUGGUCAUCUUCAACGCCCUGCCCACAAUGCUGGGCCACGAUAUGUGGUCGCAUCAGUACAUGACACGGCCCAACGGGCCCUGGGCCCUGAACCAAAACCGACUGCCAUCACUCUUCACCACUGCCAACGGCGUUGCCACCAUCUUCGGCCUGGAACCCCAAUACCCGUGCUGCACUGUCAACUUCCCUCAGGGCUACCCCAAGUUCCUGGCGAACAGCUGGGGGAGAGCUGACAACGGGCUCGUCCACGCUUUGCUGAGCCCAUCAACAGUGGACACGACCGUCCCACAAGUCGGACGGGUGGUAGUCAAGUGUGAGACGGAGUACCCCUUUUCCAACCGACUAAGGUACGUCGUCGACGCCGAGUCAGACUUUGAUCUCUACCUGCGCUUUCCUUCGUGGGGCAUGCUCUCCAAGUCGUUCUUGUCGCUUGCGGUCGAUGGCGCCGCGGUGGAAAGCCUUCCCAUGUCGCCGAAUUCAGAUACUGGGUUGCUUCGCGUGUCGGUGCCCAAGGGGCACUCGAUACUGGAGUAUUACAUUGACUCCGCGGUUCGCGUGGAACAGAGAGAAAGGGCGGAUGGCGCCGUGUCGGUUUAUGUUGGGAACAUUUUGUAUGCCUUGGAUGUCGGGGGGAGUGUGACCACCACGCUCCCUCACAGGUAUUGGGAUGUCCGCGGGAAGGGCACAGAUGAAUUCUCCGAGUAUGAGAAUGUCAAGGACAACUACUACAACUUUACGAAGCCGUGGAACGUCGCCAUCGACCCUUCAACUCUCGAAUAUCACCGCGGCGAUGCCGACAUCGGCAUACAACGAGGAUUCAGCGCUCUUGAAACCGACCGGGGACCCACCAACUACCUCACUGUCCAGGGAUGCGAAAUCGACUGGCCGGUCCGGGAGGGUGUCGCGCCGGAUGUGCCCCCAAAGAAUCCCACGUGUGUGACUGAGAGGCAGACGUACAGGAUGAUUCCGUAUGGGCUCGCAAAGAUUCAUAUGUCAGAGCUGCCAGUGAUCAAGUCGGCGAGGCGGCGGGGUGCCAGGGUAGUAUCAGGGAACAUGGGACUUACCGAGGAGUCGGUUGGCUUUGACGGUCUAGAUGAUCUCUAG